AAGCCCUUACUCUGUUUCAUGGACUAUCAACAGCGGUGGUCUCACUCAGCUGAGAGAUUGUUGUGGACACCCAGUGCCUAAAGAGCACAGACCCCAAGAGGACGUUCACAGUGAUAAAGUGGUCUCUCAUCUGGCUGAAUUCAUUUCUUCAUUCAUGAUGUCUCUACGCUAGACACAGCUUGACUGCCUUACUGUUUUUUUGUUCUGUUCUGUUCCUCUAACGUCCCCUGUGUAACUCAGACAAUAAUGGAUCUGAAGUCAAGGCAUGGCAUAACACUGCUGGAGCAGCUCAACAGAAUGAGAGAGACAGAGCAGCUUACAGAUGUAGUGCUGGUGGCUGAGGAUGUCCGAUUCCCCUGUCACCGUGUGGUCCUGUCCGUCUUCAGCCCUUACUUCCGAGUCAUGUUCACCUGUGGCUUACGUGAAUGCGCCAGUCGUGAAGUAUUUCUACGUGACAUGCCAUCUAAUAGCCUGACUCUGCUGCUGGAGUAUAUGUACAGCUCCAAGCUGCAACUCUCAAAUGAAAAUGUGCAAGGUGUAUCGGUAGCGGCCUUUCUACUACAGAUGGAUGAAGUCUUUGGCCGCUGUCAGCAUUACAUGAUCGAAAACAUGGAUGUAAACAACUGCUUGGGCAUAUACUACUAUGCGCGUGACCUGGGUGCAGAAGAUCUAUCUGAUCAGGCACAGCGCUACCUGCAGCAGCACUUCACCCAGGUGUGCAUGAGCGAGGAGAUGCUCGAGCUACAGGCCCACCAGCUGGCCACCCUGCUGGGCUCCGAUGAUCUCAACAUCUCCAGGGAGGAGAGCAUCUUGGAUGUGGUGCUCCGCUGGGUGAGGCACGGGGACGCUCGGGGAGAGGAGGGCCUGGGUCGGGAUCAGUACCUGGCCGAGCUCCUGCGCAAGGUGCGUCUUCCAUUGGUAAACCCCGACUACCUGCGCGAAGCCAUGCGCAGGAACACGGCUCUGCUGGCGAACGCGGAGUGUAUGGAGAUGCUGGAGGAGGCGCUGGAAACCACGGCGAUGCACCCCACUGCGGCGCCACGCAGACUGAAGCUGCGCUAUGGCAUGGAGACCACGGAAAUGCUACUAUGCAUUGGCAACGACAGUGAUGGGAUUCGGUCACGCCAAUGCUCCUAUGCCGACCACAGCUUCUGCUACGCUCCAACAACUGCACGCACCUACUACAUCACCUCCCCCCGCUACUGCGAUGCACUGGGAUAUGUGUGUGCAGGAGUGGUCAUGGAGGACAACCAGAUCGUGGUGGCAGGUGAAGCUGGUCCACGCAGGAUGGCAAGGCAGAAGGAACAAAAGGUGGAGAUUUUCAGAUAUAACAUUGAUGCCCAAGGCAGUUGGCAUCAUCUGUGUUCAGCUGAAUAUCGUGAUUCCUACGCUCUUGGUUCACUCGGAGACACCUUGUACCUAAUGGGAGGACAAAUGAAGCUGAAAAACCAACAACUCAUGACCAACUGUGUGCAACGCUGGUCCAUGCAGGGUGGACCCUGGCGAAGCGCUGCCCCUUUGCCCUUGCCUCUGGCAUAUCAUACAGCUGUGCGAUUCAAGAACCGCCUCUAUGUGCUGGGUGGUCGAACUCCUCAGACGUUUUCAAGCGACGAGGAGCCAGACCGCAUGAGCAACAGGCUGCUGGAAUAUGACCCUGAAACAAACACAUGGGCAGAGCUGGCCCCCAUGAACUUUUCUAAGUACCGCUGUAGUGCUGUUGCCCUGAAUGGAGAGAUCUAUGUCCUGGGUGGCAUAGGGUGUGAGGGAGUGGAUCGGGGACAAUGUCGGCGCUGUCUGAACGUGGUUGAGAUCUACAAUCCUGAUGGAGACUUCUGGAGAGAAGGAACUCCACUGCCAUGGCCGAUCCUCUCCUUGCGAUCAAAUGCUUCCAAUGCUGGAGUGGUGGACGGAAAAAUCUAUGUGUGUGGAUACUACAAAGGAGCAGAUCGCUAUGACAACAUCACUAAGGAUAUCUUGGAGCUGGACCCCUGGGAGAACAGCUGGGCAGUGGUGCGGAGGCACGUACUGAUGCAUGACAGCUAUGACGUGUGUUUGGUGGCCAACCUCAACCCCCGUGGACUGCUGGCCCCGCCUGCUGACCUGAUGAAUGAGUAGGGGCGUGUCCCAUCCACACUGCUUUCGUGCGUGGCUAGACACACAAAAGGCCACUGGAUAGCAAGUAGGCCGCAACUGCUUCCAGGGUGAUUUACACGAGCAGACACAUCACAAGUGGUUGCCUUCACUAGGGAGAUGCUACACUCAAAGGAAGGUGGACAAAAUUGUUGCAUGAAUCAUAUAUUUGUGGAUAAAACAAAGGGGGUAAUGCUUUAUUUCUUCUUCUUCUAUUGUAGUUACCCAUACACCCCUUGGUUUGAUUCUUUUGUUCUGAUCAUAUCACUGAAAAUCCCACUGCGAGUGGAUGAACCUCUGUGUGGAGGUCCUGUCCAGAGUGGCCUGUGCUGUAAGCCACAGCCUAACCGAUACAAAAUGAGUUUGUAAAUAUUAGAUCUUAGUUUUGUAUGGUUAAAAGCCGUAAUGCAAACUUUUUGCCUUUUUUUGGAAGUAAGACCUUUUAAUGUGUCUGUCCUGGCUCCUUAAUAAAACAUACUGAUAAUGCAUCUAUACAUGCCCAACCCAAUGUUUUAGACUGUGUUUCAGAAACCCUACACAGAUUUAUGUUCCGUGACAUUUUUGUUGUUGUUUGUAAUCAUGUUCCAACAUCAGAUGUCUUGUAGAUAAAUAAUGAUGACUAGCAGAGAAUGAUGGUAACCAGAAACCAGAAUGAUGGUAACCAGUAUAGGCCUAAAUUUUUCACACAAAUAAUGUGCACAUAUACUGAUAGGAGUAUAUUUAGAGCACUAAAAACAGCACUUAAACCACAAAUUACCAGCAGUGAAGUGUCCGUAUGAUACUCACUUGUGUCACUUGUCUUGCAAGUUACUCUAAAGUCACAUUCUUCUACUACUGAUGCUUUUUACGAAUAUUUUUUGCCGAGAUAAAAAAGACAUGAAAACCUCAUAUUU